UCAGACCCAUUGGUAUUGUGCUUUUGAAGCCAAUGGUGAUGCUUGCUUUCUACCCGGACCUCACAAUUAUUCUUACGCUGACAGGGGGAAAAUGGAGUUGGUGGUCCUCGCAUAAGUUCUUCUCCUUUUCCAACUUUCUCGAGGUUAUUUUUGCCUUCAAAAUCCUCUUCACUGCUGCUUGCUAACUCCAUCUGUCCCCUUGUCUGUCUACUCUUGUUUUGCCAAAAUGGAAACAGGCAGAGCUGAGGGAAAGAGGAGCUUAAAUUACUACAAUAACAUGGUGGAGGAGGCUGAAGAGGAGGAGGAUGAAGCUAGCGAGUUAGGAUUUGGCGAGGAUGAGAAGAAGAGAGAAAUGACUCCCGCAUCUAGCAGGAGAACAUCAUCUGGCAGUGGAGGGUCAACGCUGAUUACUUGCCAGGCGGAUAAUUGCAAUGCUGAUUUCACCGAAGCCAAGCCGUACCACCGGCGCCAUAAGGUCUGCGAAUUUCAUGCCAAGGCUCCGGUUGUCAAUGUUGGUGGACUCCAUAAAAGGUUCUGCCAGCAAUGCAGCAGGUUCCAUAUGCUAUCAGAGUUUGAUGAAAACAAAAAGAGUUGUCGGAAACGUCUAGCUGGUCACAAUGAGAGGCGUCGGAAAAGCUCAUCCGAUUCUUAUGGAGAAGGUUCACAUUGAAAAGUAUUUAUGUUAAUUGGCAGCAAGCUUAAGAAAGGGACUCCCAGCCGAUAAAAUCCUAUAUAUAUUAUAAGCUUAUUAUUAAAAUGAAUCAAAGAUCUGUGUUAUGGCUCUCUAUCUUCUGUCAAGUGUUAAUCGGCUUUAAUUAUGCAUUACUGCUCUAUAAUCUAUCCGUGCUCUGAAACAAUUAUGCCAACAGCAUUUUGGCACGACCCAAUGAUUAUGCCUUCCUUAUGGUUGUCAUUCUAGGUCUGUAUCAUUCUAUCUAUAAUAAUGACUACCCUUUAUGGCA